AUGCUUUUUCUUUUUUUUUUUUAAAGCAGCUUUUGGGGAAGUCAAAAGUUAUUUAUUUUCUCAUACAAAGGAAGAAGAACUGAUGACUACUCGAGAAGAAAAGUAAGAAGUGAUUGCCUUAUGAACAACAACUUAUUUUAGAGCAAGUUAAAAAAAAAGCAACAGAAGGACUUCUCAUCUUUUACAGAUUUGGGGACACUGAAAAAGGAUUACCUACAUAUAACUUUAAUGCAUAGAAGGGGAAACAUACUGAGAAAUGAUGGUGAUAUGAAAAGAGAAGAUAUCAAUAAAUAUUUGCUUUUUUAAAAAAAAAAGCCAAAAAACUCCCCCUGUGCUUCACAACACUGAAGUAUCAUGUUCAACAAGAAAUAAGAUGGCUACCCAAAAUAACCCAAAUCAUUCUGUUUCUACUAACUUACAACCAGAAGAAUACAAGAUUGCAGCACUGGUAUUCUAUAGCUGUAUCUUCAUAAUUGGAUUAUUUGUUAAUGUGACUGCUCUAUGGGUCUUCAGUUGUAGCACCAAGAAGAGAACAACUGUAACUAUCUAUAUGAUGAAUGUAGCAUUAUUGGACAUAAUCUUUGUAUUGUGCUUACCCUUCCGUAUGGUUUAUUAUGGAAAAGGUAAAUGGAUCUUUGGGGAAACUUUCUGUCACAUUCUUGGAGCUCUCACAAUGUUUUAUCCAAGUAUUGCCCUUUGGCUUCUUGCCUUUAUUAGUGCCGAUAGAUACAUGGCUAUUUUGCAGCCUAAACAUACCAAAGAACUUAAGAAUACAAGCAAAGCAGUGCUAGCUUGCGCUGGAAUUUGGAUAAUGACUCUUGCAACUACCACCCCUCUAUUAUUUUUAAAUGAAGAUCCAGAUAAAGACACCAACCCUGCCAGCUGCCUGAAAAUUUUUGACAUAAUCCACUUGAAAGCAAUUAAUAUGCUGAACUUUACUCGUCUGAUUUUUUUUUUCUUGAUUCCUCUUUUUAUCAUGAUUGGAUGCUAUUCAUUCAUUAUUAAUAGUCUCCUUCGUGGCCGGACUUCUAAGCUGAAACCGAAGGUCAAGGAAAAGUCCAUAAGAAUAAUUAUUACUCUCAUUGUACAAGUGCUUGUCUGCUUUGUUCCCUUUCAUAUUUGUUUUGCUUUUCUAAUGCUGCAACGUGAGGAAAACAGCUAUAAUCCAUGGAGUACCUUUACCACUUUCCUCAUGAAUCUCAGCACAUGUCUGGAUGUUAUACUCUAUUAUAUUGUCUCAAAACAAUUUCAAGCUCGCGUCAUCAGUGUCAUGCUAUAUCGAAAUUAUCUUCGAAGCGUGCGCAGGAAGAGUUUUCGGUCAGGCAGCUUACGGUCACUAAGCAAUAUAAAUAGUGAAAUGAUAUGAUUGGUCCUUUUAAAAAAUCAAGUAUUAAAGAAUUUCUUUUUGCUACUAA